UUUGCUUAUGUGGCAAGAGACAAAGACACGAGAAUUCUGAAAUGUCAUGUGUUUCGAUGUGACACACCCGCGAAAGCCAUCGCCACCAGCUUACACGAAAUCUGCUCAAAGAUUAUGGCUGAACGGAAGAAUGCUAAAGCUAUGGCUUGCAGCUCCUUGCAAGAGAGGACAAAUGUCACCCUUGAUGUUCCACUGCAAGUAGAUUUCCCAACACCAAAGACAGAACUGGUACAGAAGUUCCACGUGCAGUACCUGGGCAUGCUACCUGUAGCUAAACCUGUGGGAAUGGAUACUCUGAACAGUGCCAUUGAAAGUCUCAUGGCUUCCUCUAACAAAGAAGACUGGAUGCCAGUUACCAUGAAUGUUGCUGAUGCUACUGUCACAGUCAUCAAUGAAAGAAAUGAAGAGGAAAUCAUGGUGGAGUGCCGUGUGCGGUUCCUCUCCUUCAUGGGAGUAGGCAAGGACGUCCACACGUUCGCCUUCAUCAUGGAUACAGGAAACCAGCAUUUUGAGUGCCACGUGUUUUGGUGUGAACCGAACGCAGGCAAUGUAUCGGAAGCUGUUCAGGCUGCUUGCAUGUUACGGUAUCAGAAGUGCUUAGUAGCCAGACCUCCUUCACAGAAAGUUCGACCGCCCCCACCUCCUGCAGACUCAGUGACUAGAAGAGUUACAACUAACGUAAAAAGAGGAGUGUUGUCCCUCAUUGACACUUUGAAACAGAAACGCCCGGUCACUGAGAUGCCAUAGCUGCGUAAGAGAGAAGAUUCUCCUAACAUUUAACUGAAGAUAACAGUAGCUACACUAAGGAAAAUGAACUGACGAUGUCUGGCCUUCCAUUUCAAAUUGCUGAUGAUUGUCUUCAGAGAAUUUACCCUUAUCGAAACAAUGUUAGACAAGCAUGUUCUCUCGUUCUUGCCACCAUCAUGUGAUAUGAAAAGAAGCAUGAAUAAUUUUUUUGCUGUCAGUGAGUUACAUCAUGAGCAAUGGAAGGUCUGUUUGACUGUAAAUACAUGAACAUUACCUAAACUCACAGAAAAAAAGAAUAUGGCCACGUCCCUCCCGGUGAACUCAUGCUAAAGUCCUUGGAGUGAACGAUGCCCGAGUCGAUAGUUUCACUGUCUUGAGCUGGAUUUGUCACAAACCAAUCUUAAGUCCUACAGCACUUUGCUCUGUUUUCAACACUGGAGUAGGUACCAAGUAUUAGCUACCAUUGAAUUACUGUAGAUUAAAUACCAGGUUUUAUUUUUUACAGAACUACACCUGUUAGUUUUAAAUUGUUUGUCAGCAUUGGUCUAGCAACCACUUUAACGUCUCCCUGACAUGCUUUUGAAUCACGGUGUCAUUAUUUCAUCUCCUGGGUAUACAUUAUGGUCUUAGAGAAGAAUCAUG